AUGAAACGUAAAGAACAACUAUUUUUGUCAGAUACAAUAACUGAUACCUAUGCUGCUUGUCCUGAAGUAUUUUACCCAAACAUGAAAGUUUUAUUGAAAAUCUAUACAACUCUACCAAUGACAAAAGUAACUAUAGAACAAACAUUCUCUGUCCUCAAAUUAUUGAAGACUUAUUUACGUUCAACCGUGUCGGAAAUAAGACUUAAUGGAUUAGCUAUGAUGCAUAUUUAUCGAGAUUUAGAUGCAAAUAUUGAUGCUGGAAUUGAUGAAUUUGGAAAAUCUAAUCGUCGAUUGGUUUUUUAG